AUGGCGGCUGCUUUGGGAAGCCAGGGAAAUGUUGCAUCAAAUGCAUUCAAGGAUAAGGAGAAGCCAAUGGCUGUCCGCACCGCGAAUAUCAUGGCUGCUAGAGCCGUCGCGGACGCCAUAAGAACGAUUCUGAGAAGCGGGGCUAAUAUUUCGGAAGUCACUUGGGCCUCGAGGAAUGGACAAGAUGGUAAUCAAUACGACCCUGAAGCCAUCUUCAGAUACAAGCUGACUGGGACGCAGAUCCAAACUGGGAAAGGCGAGACCAUAAUCACAAACGAUGGCAACACAAUGUUGAAAGAUAUGAGUGUCAUGCAUCCCGCUGCGAAGAUGCUGGUAGACUUGAGUGCUGCCCAGGACGUUGAAGCUGGUGAUGGAACUACAUCCGUUGUUGUGAUUGCCGGAAGCCUCCUGGGAGCUGCCGAAAGAUUACUGUCGAAAGGCAUCCAUCCAACUGUCAUUUCUGAGUCCUUCCAGAGAGCUGCAUCAGCUGCGGUUCAGAUUCUCCACGAUAUGUCACAGCCUAUCUCCCUCGCAGACCGGGCGACGCUCCUCCAAGCAGCAUCUACCUCGCUUUCUUCAAAGAUUGUUUCUCAAUACUCAAGCCUACUUGGACCAAUGGCAGUAGACUCCGUCCUCAAAAUAAUAGAUCCAAAAACCUCUGAAAAUGUUGACCUCCGAAAUAUCCGGGUUGUCAAAAAAGUCGGCGGCACAAUAGAGGAUAGUGAGAUGGUGGACGGUCUGAUUCUGAAUCAACCGGUUCUCAAGAAUGCGGGUGGCCCAACAAGAAUUGAAAAAGCGCGUAUUGCUUUGAUUCAAUUCCAACUUAGCCCACCUAAACCAGAUAUGGAAAAUCAAAUCGUGGUCAACGACUACAGACAAAUGGACAAGAUCCUUAAGGAAGAACGCACAUACCUCCUGAAUAUGGUGCGGAAAAUUGCGAAGACGAAAUGCAACGUCCUAUUGAUUCAAAAGUCAAUCCUUCGCGACGCCGUCAACGACCUUUCUCUCAACUUCCUGUCGCGGGUGAAAAUCUUGGCAAUCAAAGAUAUUGAACGUGACGAAGUUGAAUUUAUUUGCAAGAGUCUCGGCUGUAAACCAAUUGCCAACAUCGAUUCUUUUACCGAGGAUAAGCUUGGUACCGCUGACUUGGUCGAAGAAGUCAACUCAUCCGGUUCGCGAUACGUGAAGGUUACAGGUAUCCGAUCUGCAACCGCAAACCAAACUGUUUCGAUUAUCGCUCGUGGUGCAAACAAUCUGGUUUUGGACGAGGUCGAACGUUCGCUCCACGAUGCUCUCUGUGUGGUUCGUUGCCUGGUCAAAAAGCGAGCCUUGAUUGCCGGCGGUGGCGCUCCUGAAAUAGAAAUUGCGCAUUCUUUGGCUAAGCAAGCGCGUGCAUUGUCCGGUACUGAAGCCAUAUGCUGGAAGGCCUUUGCCGAUGCCAUGGAAGUUAUUCCGGUGACUCUGGCCGAGAAUGCCGGGUUGAAUAGCAUAAAGGUUGUUACGGAUCUGCGCCAUCGUCAUGCAAUGGGAGAGAAGAAUGCAGGCGUGAGUAUUCGCAGUGGAGGAGUAAAAAACAACAUUGCCGAUGAGAGAGUUCUGCAGCCGUUGCUCGUUAGUACAAGCGCUAUCGAGCUGGCGGCUGAGACUGUGAAGUUGAUUCUGCGCAUUGAUGAUAUCGCGCUAUCAAGAUAA